AUGAAGAAAGUGCAGCGAUUCAUGGGUGUUGCAGACUCGAAGCCCGCAUCGGCGCCUCUCAGCACCAGUCCAGCCAACUCGUUCCAUAGCUCUGGCAUCUCUUCCAAUCAAUACGCCGUGCCAAGCACACCCCGUGCAACAUCGACGAGCUACGAUGCUCCUGCCAACUUGCUCUUGCCGCCCUCUCUGGCCGCUCCAACAUCUCACCAAACAUCACAGCAAUCCCAGUAUGCUUCACGGCAGCUCUCGCCCCAGUCUUCCCAGACAAUACUCCGAUCAGCUCGUGCCUCUCCACAGCCAUACAGUCCUUCAGCUCAACAGCAAUACUUUGACCUUCCCACUCGUUCCCUCUCGCCAGGUCUCGCCACCAGCCCGAAUGCUGCAUCGCCGCUUGCCCAACCUCUGCCCACCCCUUCUGCUCAGCCCUCAGCCAACGACGCCAUUCUCGUCGAACGAUCUGACUUGCACAAAUCGCUCAAAGCGCUCGAAUCGCUUCUCGUCAAUCUCGACGAGUAUUGCCAUCUUUCCGCUCAUUUGGCCAAGGUCGAAAAGAAGCUCGCAAAGAGCGCUUCCGAGCUUGAACGAACCAAGAUCGUCCUCGACACGCCUACUCAGACCCUCCAAGUCUCGUCUGCCAUGUUCGAAGGCCUUGCUGAGGUCUCUUCACGCCAUGCAAAACACGUCCAGAAGGAAUACGAAGCUGUCAACGAUGCCUGCGCCAAGUACUUCAAGAAAGUAGCAAAGGAGCAACGUGCACACGACGAGCUCGUCCAGAACCUUGAUGCAAAGAUCAAGAAAGCCAACGCUGCCCACGAGAAGAACGUCAAAAAGGCUACCGCCAACAAGGCGCUUGAAUCUCACGACAAGUAUAUUGCUACCGUCCAGGCGCUCACCAACGACAUCAGCCGCGCCAAGAACGCACAUGCUGCCUCCAUGGCUGCCAAGAGCCACGUCUCUUCUCUGCUCGUCGCAAGCACCCUUGGUGGUCUCGCUGACGUCGAGUUCAAGCGUCACUGCGAGUCAGUACGCAGAGUCGGUCCGCACGUCGGCCGUCUCAAUGAACUUCUUUGCUUCACCUCGUCCGAGUUCAUGCCUGCUCUUCAAGCAUCCCAAUUCGACCAAGCUCAGCACGGUCAAGCCGAGUAUCUUGCAACCCUCGCCGCUCAGGUCGAGGCGCAGGUUGCCGCUCAAGCCCAGAUCAAUGCCAAAAUCAACCAAGAUACGCAAACCAUCCUCCGCGCGCAGGAGAUGGGUUGGCGCCCACCUUCACCACUUGUUCCUCCCACAACCACCUACGCCAACCUUGGUCGCAGCAGCAGCAUCAACAGCAACCUCAGCAGGAUCACUAAUAAUCGCCAAUCCUUUCCGUCAGCCCCCACGAACAGCAACCUCUCCACCACCAGCAGCGCUGACAAAGCCAAUGGCCUAGCAACACCUCCAGCAACUUCUGCGCACAGCUCCACCUUUUUACAGCAGCAGCCUCAGGCGCCAUCGCGAUCCAACUCUACCUCUAGAACACAGCCGCCCGCGCCUGCUUCGGCACCCUCUGCCGCUGCCUCUCUGUCCACUUUGCGCACUGUCGAUAGCGAUGCUGCAUCCAUUCAUAGCGUAGCCACCGACAAGACUCCUCGUCCUGAUCUUGACACCCCAAAGCCUCCAUCUUCGGGUCUUCUUGGUGCGCCCAACAGUGUACGGCUAGUCCGUGCGCCCACCGGAUCGACUAUGAAGUCAAUGGCCGUGCAGCCACAGACAUGGCAAGAUGCUCCUGUCUCAUCUUCUUCCUCGUCCAUCUCACCCCUUGCGCCUUUGACCCAUGACCGCAACCCUACCGAUUCGUCUGCGCAGGAAGGAAGCAUUGUCGACAAGCUCUCUGUGCCUCGCGAAGAAUCGGAUGCUGCCCCCAGCCUGAGCGCAAGCAACAGCGCCCAGGGUUCGGAAGAUGGCAGUCGUGUCCCCCGUACACCUGAUGACAGCGAAUCAGUGCCUCCAAUGCAAGGCGACCGUAACGGCAACAACAGCAAUAGCAAGUUGCAGCAGACAUCUUCAAAGGAUGCAGCCAUCCUUGACUACCGCAACGUCCAGCCUACAAGCAGUGCUUUUGACCUUGAGCCUACCAAGCUCGUCACCUCUCCCACCAUGCGACCUGCCCAGCGUGCUCUUGAGCAGUAUCGCGAGCAGGCCAAUAAGCCUCUCACUUUGCCGACAGCUACUCGGUUCGAUCGCGACAGUGUCCCUAACAACGGUCAAGGUAGUCAGCUCGACCGCUCUGAGACCGUCUACAGCUCUGCCAGUCAGCAGAGUGGCGUCCAAGGUACUGACCAGGCCAACGCCCUCAAAAUCAGCCUCUGGGAGCGUGAGCGUGAGCGUGAGCGUGAGCGUGAGCGUGAGCGUAUGAGGCAGCUCGAGCGAGAGGAAGAGGCUUCGGCCUCACCAACACCCAUGUCUGCCACAAUGGAGCUGAGCUCCUCGCGUCCAACGUCCGGCAUUUCCUCCGGCUCCACCGCUUCCUCUUCGUACAACAAUGACGGCCCCUCACGCUCCAAGGUGAGCGAUGUAAGUGCAAGCGACCGAGGCACAAGCUUUCAGGUAGGCCUUGGCUACCCGCGCUCGUCUGGCGCCGAUGCUCAUGACCUCGAUCGCUACGCACCUGCUGUCGGCUCGACUCGCCUCUCUGCUACAGGCGUUACUCGCUCGCUCAGCACAGACACCACGGCAUCUGAGCGGAGCUUUGUGGCCCGUAUGAAGGCCCGCUACCAAGCUGAGAAGGAUCUGGAACGCGAGCAGCGAGAGCUCAAUGUGCUCGAGAAGGAGCGCGCCGCGCGAAGGGCAACCAUGGAUCCCAAUCUCUCACUUCCAUCCCUUGGCGGAGCACGAGGUCGCGUUCCGGAGAUCGCCUCGCGCUAUCAGAUAUCUGGUCCAGCCGCCUAUGCUCAGGAUGUCAACUCGAACAGGCGUUACCACGAUAGCCUCCCUGCUAGCUCAAACUCUGGAGGCGGCCUUUCUCGCAAUAGCGCCAUCUCUUCUGCAGCAUCUGCCGCCAGCGGUGGCAUUGACGAGUUUGGUGGCCUCGUGAGAGACGGCAGGCAAGCUGGCACCCUUCCUGUUGGUGGGCGACCUAUGGAGCCCCCGCACUCCGAUGUCUGCGGCUGUCACCAGUGUUCCGCGCGACACUAUGGCAGUGGCACCACCAGGAUUGACGCCAGCGCAUCUGCAGAGAAGAAUGCCGGUGUCAGAGGCGAUCCUAGAAAAUACAACGUCCGUCGCACAUCUAUGCCAGUGCCGCCGAAAACUGACUCUUAUACGCAGCAAUCACUGUAUGCCAAGCAGCACCAGCAGCACCAGCAGCAGCACCCUGGAUACGCCUCUUCGCCGCCGCGAGCCUCGCCCCAUGACGCCUACUCCCAACAGCAAGCUUACGGCUAUAGCCAACAGCAGCAGCAACAGCAUCCGCAUCACCUGAAUGCACCGGCAUCAAGCAUAGAUAAUGGAAUCCCGCGACGAAGCUACGAAGAUCUCGGCGCCGACACCGGCACGAGACGAGUAGUUUUCGCGAACGAGCGACAGAGGAUCCGCUGA